AUAGUUCUGAAUCUUCUCUCCUAGUUUUUUUUAUUGCGGUACCUCGUCAUUUAGCCGUCAACAAUUCUGCCGCAGAUUAAUACACAGAUGUGAAGAUCAAAUUUUUAUAAGUGACGGUAGUGGCCUGUUGCGCUAUCGACUCUGUUUCUGCUCUGAACAGGCCUCGAACCACGAACUGCGCGAUGCUGGUCUACAACGACGAAGAACGCCCGUUACUGGCGUGGAACGCCGUGGACGUCCGCAUCAAGGGAAAACUGAAACACGGCCAUGUCAUCGACGUGGCGGAGGGCGGCCUAAUCGUUGAUUUUGGCUGCGACGACCAGCGCGCCAAAUUUAUUCAGUUCAGGCGUAUUUCGAAACAGCCUGAGGACUCUGUGGAAAAUUACAUUUUUGACAGCUUCUUCCCGUACUUCAGGAGACCGAAAGACGACGCGCAAGUCCUGCUGCGCUCGCCGGCCACGGGAGCCUGGAUCUGGUAUCCGGGCAAGGUGGUCGCCUUGGGUGGAUACCGCUCGGAGUUCGCGGAUUUCGUGGAAGUGCAGAUGCCGGACGGGCGCACCAUCCGCGAGCUCAUGCCCAUUGAUCAGGUACGCCUACCGCUGGCGGAUAUGGAUUACGUGCGGGUGUACGAGGAUCAGUUUGUUAUCGGUUCCUGUACGUUGCCCUGGGUCAGCUGGGAAGAUGAAUCUUACUGGCUCCAAGAGGUCUUCAAGCGCGAACUGAACGGACGGUUUGGGGUGUUGUGCAUGUCUCUGCUCGGCUCAACGGUGCGAUACCUGCAGGACGAGGGAUGGACGUUGAAGAAGCUAUUGAAACCUAAAAAAGUGAUGGGCGUAUACCGCUGGGCGAAGAAAGAGGAGCAGGGUGGUUUCACCUCCGCUGAAUCGCGCUGGGUGCUGCGCCACAUGGCGAGUAGCCCAGACAGUGGAACUGGACAGCAACAAGACGGUGAACACUGUGCCAUGCCGCUUCCAGUGGAGCUGUUGGUCGAGGUCUUCCAGUCGUUGGACUCCAUCGAGCGCUUCCGCUGCCGACGCGUCAAUCCUCUGUGGAAUAGCAUUCUAACCACCGACGCUAACUUUCCUUUUGUGAGUGUGUCCGGUAAAGUCGGCGCUUACAGUAAGCUGAAUUUCCGCAAAGAAGAAGAAUUCUGGGUAGCUGCGGGUCUGCUGAAGUGCUUGAGCAGCCGCACCCAGAUGGCGGUUAUCAUGGGUUUGGACAUGUUGGAAUGCCGGGAUUUGUUCGAUCUCUUCCAGCACCUCGUCCACACCGCUGACAUCAGCCGGCUGCCGACGCUGGUGUUCUAUGAGUGCAUUUUCGGCACUGGAUACGGUGCAGGUAUCGACCGCAUACUGGAGGACGUAGCGGAGAUGAUGUUGGAGUGGUUGCCGUGCUGCGACCGAAUCCUGUGGAAGCAGUGCCGCAUCGUCGAUCGCAACCUGACGGCUCUUGUAGCACAGCAUUCCUUCGGCGUCCCCUGCUCGUUAGACGCGGUGAAGCGGGAAUUGUGGGAGCUGUUCGAAUGCCAAAACGCCGUUGCGUCGCCCGGGGAUAGGGAUGACUCAGCGGAUGGUGGUAAUUGAGUAGGACGUUGAGAAAAUUGUUAACCGCUAUCAGAGCGUGGAUGGGCGCUCGUUCGCACGCUAUCGCCAUCGGGAAUGGUCGAAUGGACGAUGACUACAGUUCCAUACUGAUUGCCAGGAAGUUGAUCGAACUGACUGCUGCGGCUUUGAACGGAGGAAAAAGUAAUUGGUGCGCGCUAAUAAGGCAGUGUGGAUAGUCAAGACUGCGGAAUUGUUUGGUUAGCGCUAAAUCCGGUAAAAGAGUUCAGCUAGUGUUGUGUUAAUGACAGCUUGGAUGCUUUGUUGUUACUUUACGGUGAAUAAUGAAAUAAUAUUAUCAGACGGAUUUGUUAAAUUAUUUUUGGAACCCAUUAUAAAUACGGAAUUGGAUUUUUAACUGAAAUGGAUUGUUCAUUCACAUAUU